CCACCAGUGACAGUCGCAGCAGCCGUCAGACGUGCCACACUGGACAGAAAAUUCCAAUAUCGUUAUGUGAGCAAGCGUUGGUCAAAGUGCUUAUUCCACUCGACACACUGUUCGGUGAUUAUACGUGUUGGGUUUUAAAAACAUAACAGAACGUCAAUAAGAUCUACAUUUUGUUUUAUCUGUACUUUGUUAUCUGAACAGGGCUGUUCAAGUCACGAGAUGUCCGUUAUUUUAACAGCAUGUAAGAACUCCAGACAAAGAGCCAUUGAAAAAGCUCUGAAAAAGAAAGCCGAAAAAAAGCGACUGAAAAGGGAAGCUGCCAGAAAUCAACUGACUGAGAAACUUGGUCUUGACGACUUGGAGGAUGUCCACAAUCUCAAGAUAUGGACAUUUAUGUUAAACGGGGAACCCACCAGCGUUGUUUUACAUCUAGAUACACUGGAAGUUGCAUGGAACGGCGAUCAAGUCGAAUCAACGAGUGAUUUCUGUCACUGUGGAUCAACAAUAGAUUUCAAGAUUGGAGCGAGGCAUGGCCAGAUUACCACAACAUCUGGAUCAAGACCAAAAGAUGGGCUGAUAUACUCUCUGACUAUAGAUGGAAGCAUAGUCCCUGAUUCUAUGCAAGACAAUGAAUGAAAUGGAAAGUGCAUCAUUGCUGCAUGUUGCUUCAACUCUCACAGAGAUUAAUUAUAUUUCAUACAUAAAAAGAAAACUAUAAAAUAGAUCUAGGUCUAUAAGUUAUUUGUUUCUAGAUCUAUAAGUUAUUUGUUUCUAGAUCUGUAAGUUAUGUGUUGCUAUUGUUCCCACAUUUUUUUUAUUUCUUCUAAAAUCUUUGUACUAAAAAAACAAACUUCAUGUAAACUUUAAUAAAAUAUAGAACAAAAUAAUUACUUGUAAUGGCAAUCUAUUGCUCUUCCCUGCUAUUUCAGAUCAAAACGAGAUUGGAGAUUUAUGUGUUAGAUAAAAUAUGUGAACAGACAUGUUUACUCUUUCCCUAUUUUAAUUAGUGUACUGUCAUAACGUUUUGUUAAGUUGACACAGACACAUGCUAUGGUGAAUUACACAUAGACACAUGCUAUGACUGGAAUACAUUCAAUAUUGACUGUUUGUUCCUCUUUCACAUUGUUUUGUCAUUAACUGCCACAGAAAAAAACAUUUUAAGUGACAGUGACUUUUAGUUUUAUAAACAUGUCAAACUUAUCAUGGAACCUGGACACAGAAGCACAUUAUGACAAUCAUUCUGUUUUGAAUCAUUUUCAGACCCUCUCAAACUUUGCUUACAUAAGUAGCCAAAUAUAAACUAACGUUAAAUUAACUUUACAUUAUUUUUGACAUGUUAUAUUUAAUAUAAAUGCUUGUCUUAUAGAUUUUCUUGGUAUUUUAGAUUCAAAGAAUGAUAGAUCUAGAAAACACAAACUUUAUACCCAUCAAUAUCUCAAUCUGAAUCAGUUCUUAAGUUUUAAAGUUUUUUAAAGCAAAUUGUAAAACCAAUCAAGUGUACAUUUGGCAACAACAUAUUUGUUUUCAGCUGAAGUAAAUCUUCAACCUGUUUCCUUACUCAACCUGGUGAAAGGUUUUGCAAUGUUUACCCAAUCAAUCAAUGUGAUAUACAUGUUUUAUUUUUGUCUUGUUCUUCAAAACAUUGUUUACUUUGUACUUGCAGAGUUUCAUUAGAAUCAUAAAAAAAAAUGAAAGAAACAAUAUGACUUCAUAUGUUGAAAAAAACUCUUUUAUUGUAUAAGUUUCAUGUAUUUUUAUGCUUAUACUGUUUAACAGCUUGCAAUUUAAAAGGAUCUAUUUCUGUAUGGUCCUAAUUAUUUGUUGGACUGUUUUACUUAGAAUUACUAACGAUGCUUUAUUUUGCAGAAAGUAUCUUUCACUUUGUACAUAAAUGAUCUAUAUUUUAAUAUUUAAAAUAUAUUUAUUUAAAUAGUUUUUAUUCCAAACUUUUCAAGGGUGCAAGGGGCCCAUUUUUUUUUAUUUAAAAAGUUCUUACAUACUAUGACUCAAGUAUCCAAAUAUCAAGUUCUUACAAACUAUGACUCAAGUAUCCAAAUAGCGUUAAAAUAUUUCAUAACUGCAUUCAAACCCAAUGUAAAAAAAACAUAAGUUUGAAAGAUAUUGAAAUUAUGAAAUAACAUUUGUUUUUCUACUUUCUUCUAGUUGUUUCCCAUUUAUAUUGUACCAUUUCAUUUUUUCACAUUAAUUACUUCGCUUUUAUCAAAUGUUUAUCUGAAUUUUUUUCGUAAGAUAAUUGUAAGUUGUACAAUCUCAUUUAAUUACAUGUUUCUGAUUACUGUGCAUUUGGUACAUUUAGCACAAAAUUUUAAGUAUAGAGAAGCUUCAUUAUAUGAAACAUAUUUAUGAUGUUUCAACAAUUGUUCUUUUUUCUUUUCCUGAAACCAGAAUUUAGUAAGAUUUUAAAUUUUAUAUGGUAGAUAAGAUUAUCACAUUACUACAAAUGAUCCAUUUUGACCUACUUGUAAUUAAUAAUUGGAAAAAAAUGUAUAUAUGGCAGCCACUUAAAAAUCUUGACAAUAACAAUUUGAGAAAUUGUGUCCAAAUGGCUAUUGUCUAGGGUUAAUUACAUUUUCUUUAUAUGUUUUUUGAACAAAUAAGUUUUUCUUGGGGAUAAAAGUUUCAAUAAUUUUAAUAGCUUAAUUAAAAUUGUAUCUAUUUUCACUAGAUUCUAAACUAACCAUUGAUACUACUUUGAUACCAUUCUAUGUAUGAAUGGUAACAAUAAUUAUAACAGACAGAUGCAGACAGCAGGAAUAAUUUUCUGGUCUUCAAAAAUUGAAAUAAAUGUUUUUUACAAGUUUUUUUUUUUAAAAUAAUAUGCACUUAACAACAAUAAUUGUAACUUAGAAAGAAUUCAAAAUAAAACAAAAAUAUUUUUUUUAAACAAUCUUUUCUUUGAAUGUUUCAUGUUUUGAAUCAAGCUAAAUUUGGAUUAUUUGAGGAAAUUUUAAGAACCAGAUUGAACAAUACAAAACAAUUGAACUUUUCAUAAGAACAACAUAACUUGCAAUAAGACAGUGACAAAGCUAGACUUUAUUGUGAUAAGACACAAAUUGCUCAUAAAACUGACAUGGCUGGACAAUAGGCAUUUCUAUUGCAGUGUACACAUUUGUAACAUGAAAUAUAAUGAGUUCAAGUAAUAACAGAUGCUUGGGCACACACAAUAUAACAAUAUAAAACUUUUACAUUUCAACUAAUGUAAUUAAAUAUACUUAUAAUCUAUCACUAAGCAUCUAUUUAAAAAUAUAUAGGGUUUUUUUUUCCAUUGGUUGACUCUUUUUAAAUAUAACUUUAAAAAAAAAGUAUGCAUGAAAAAUAUGAACAUCUAUAUUAGCUGGAAUGCUUUUUUAUGAUACACAGACAAUUAAAAAGCAAGAGUUAACUCUUCAGCACAUAUGAAUGCAUUUGUUGAAUCUUAGCUACAGUACAUUGCAAAACAUGUCAAAUCUAAGUGUAGUGAACUAAAAGAUGUCCACCUCUGUUAUGCUACAUGAGGAGGUGGCUAGAUAGUAGAUAAAUUUACUGAAAUUACAAAACUAAACUGGAGUUGAUGCUUCAAAGCUUUGAUUUUGUGUGCAAACAACUAUUACAUACUGAGCACAUGAAAAAAAAUACUGAAGUAAAAAUUCCCAUUUAAUCACUUUGCUUCAUUAUUCCAUAGGGAAGAGCUUAAACAAAAGGUAAGUAGGUGGCUGUCCUAAAAACUCAAAAUUUUAAACUCAUGUUCCUCCUAACAGUCAAAAUUUGGAUGGCUGUCUGGUCAUGUGGCAUGCGCUCUGGACUAUUGGUCCCAUGUUCAAACCCUGGCCGCCACCAUCCCCUGCUAUCCUGCAGGAGGUUUGGGUUAGGAAGUAAUAAUCUUUUAUUCUGAAAGGGACAUCCAAAACACGUAAAACAAACAAACAAUACAUUUUCUGAUAAACCCUUUAUAAGACCACUUUCAAGCAGCUUAAUGAUACAAAAAUCUCUUGAACGUGUCUAUGUCAACAUCGUUCGUCUUCAAAUAUCAAAUGAUAAUUUCUGAGCAAUCUACAUGCUUACAGAGGCCAGCCUAGUAAAUAUUGAUCAAAGAUCACUCUAUGAACACAUUUAUUGUAUUAUUAGCUUCAUUACAAGAACAUUGCAACCCCCCAUCACAGUUAUUUAAGUUAUUAGCUACAUCGAAAUGAAAUAUAAAUUGCUUCCAACACAAUGACUUCAUAAAGCAUGUUUCAAAGAUUCAAGUGAAACAUGUUUUAAAAAAAAAGACAGGACAAGGCAGGUUUAACAAAAAGAUCUAAUAAACCAAAAUGAAUGCUCUGUCAAAUAUCAAAAUGGAAAUUAAAAAAAAUAUGGAUAUGAUAUUGAAUGGCUCAUGACAUUUCAGCUGACAACUAGCCCUAGUACUAAGAAGAUUUUUUAAAAAUCCAAAAUGCACAUUAAAAAAUGUCAAUCCAAAAGCAGCUUGAAAAAACAAAAUAAACACAAAUUUCAAAACUUUGGAAAAUAUAUUUUUUUAAUAUUUAAAAUGUGAACUCUAAAUGUUUUUUUUUGUUUCAAUAGCUACCUUUACUUUAACUUUUUUUUUAACAAAGAAAGGGUUUCAUGUGGUCACUUUCAUUCUAUUCUGUUUUCCUUUUU